GCUGCCGUCGGAGUUCCCUGCGCACUCGGGAGCGGACGAUCUUGGACCGAACAUGCCCAGGCUGUCUUCGGCCACCGAAUUUCACCAUUUCUAUAUGGGGGAUGGAUUUUUCUCAGAUGCUUCAAGCGUUUUUUCCGCAUGUUUUGUUUUCUUUUUUUCUUCCUUUGAUGUAGACUUGAUGAUGAGACAACCAACCGGAAAGAAAAACAGAACGAUUUGACAUCAACAGCCUACAUAGUGAAGAUUAAUAGUUUUGACUUGUUCGGUGGAAUGCACAUGUUAACAGUUGCAUAUAUGUUGAAGUCUAGCACCAGGCUGCUAGCCCCAAGUCCUUUGAAGCAAGAAGUAGAAAACAAAGAUCCAUAUGACAUGACCACCUUUUGUUCCAAGUCAGGCUCGUCGCUGGUUGGGUGGCAUCAUUCAACUGAAGCCUUUUUUGGUUGCAGAACGUUUGCCUUUGGCGGCUCGAGUCUCGGGACAACUUACACCGGGGGCCGAGUCCGGUGUCGUGGCGCCGGCUCAGCUGCUUCACUCAAGCUGCUCCCAUCGACUCUCUCGCUUGGUCAGCACUUUCUUCGUGUCCAACAUGGUGCUGCGGCUCUUGGCCUUCUCGUUGGCACUUGUAGGCGCAGACCUUCUCCUGGACGAUGAGUGUCGGGAAGGAUCUUGUGCGCUGAACGCUUUGCAGCGCCGGACGAGCGGUCUAAGAGAAGAGGAUGAGGAGGGCGUCUUCGCGUUCGAGCCCUUUGUGACCGAAGCGGAGGCCAAAGAGACCUUCGGAGCGGGACAUCGAAGGUGACGAAGGGUAAGCCACAAGGGUAAGGCACAGCCUCCAAGGGCAAUGUGGUGAGGGCCAUGGUUACUGAUUCAUGAUAUAUAAAAUAGACUAUAUAUAUAAGAGAUCUGUAAGGCAGGCAUACAUUCCAGAAGCGGCACGGAACAAACAUGAGCAAAAGAAUCAUGAGCACUCCAUUCAGCACAAAGUUCAUCACCAAUGAGGAAUCAAUCACUCGUGACUGAGGACACAGAAUGUCUCCGUGGAAGACUUGGGCUGCAUGGCCGCAGGGCAGCUUCUAAAAUGUGGCAAACCCAUGGAUAGCAUGACACGAAAGCACCGCAAAUCAACAAAAGUAGGGUUCCAGUAUCAAAGUGUCAUGUUCGAAGUUGCUCGUUCAUCAGUUUGAGCUGCAAUACAUAUUAUGUAUAUAGCACAUAUAUAUAUAUACAUACAUGUGCCAGUAUAUGUGCCCAAUAGACCGCCCAUCAUUCCUGUCGCCGGUGGGGUCAGCGGUCCAGGCGGUUCCACGACGAACUCGUCCAUCGGUCGAAGCUCCUUUCACAGGCACCGAUGAGCUUCAGCGCUUGGUCGGGAUGGCACAAGCGGAAUUGCGAAAAAGAGGUAGCGACUCAGAGCUGGGAACUGAGCUGGGUGCCGGGCCUGAGGCAAGCGACACCAUCGGCCACCAAGAAGGCAUGGCCUCCAACGGAACCGAGGACGCCUUGACCGGACGCCUCGACCGCUCAGCCAGCUACGCUGGUUCCGACGCAGCAGGCUGUGGAUAUUCCAAGUACUAUGGCAAUAGCCCGAAGGAGCUGUGUUUUUGCAAGCUUGCUGGGAACUCCGGAUGUGCGAGCAAGAAGUGCACCUGCCCGCAGGGCUGUGGUCGCAAUGUGGUCUGGGAAUCCAGCGAGAGCGUCACGUUCAAGAACCGGGCACGCGCUAAUGGAUGUCACCCCUCUACUGUGCUGCUGACUGCUCCGAAGGCCUACUACGGAACGCCGGCGGAUCUGAAGAAAUGUGGCAACGCCGUGUCAGUGAUUGAGAUGCUUCUGAGAGAUAGCUGGAACAUGUACCAGUCUCGUGUGAGUCGUGGCUCCAUGAACCAGUGUUUCCACGGCUCACACACAGCUAGCGUCAAGUAUUUGCAUUUGCAGUCCUUCUGCUCUUACGCAUCCUUUCACGCAAUGCCCAACAACAACCAUGCUGUCGGCGUUUGUGUGAAGAUGCGGAACAUCAACGAAGCCAGCAGCUUGGCCAGGAAGCUCUACAGCCAGAUGCAGUGAGUGCGUCGUUUUCAAUGCUGGAGGAGCAAACACCAGCACAUGGCCAACUGGGGAGUGGAGGAGCAAAGAACUUUGAAAAGCGUCAAACCGUUGGCCAACUGGAAACGAUGAUGGUUCAGACCACAUCUACAGACUCAGAUUGAUUCCAUUUUGAUAUAUAUAUAUACACAUAUAUAUAUAUAUAUAUUGAUUUCAUUAGCCUUGGAAGCUUUGAUCGUAAUUGAAAUCACUUGCAUUUGAUGUUUUGAACUCUUUGACCGGUCCAGUUUGCCCAGCAGUCUAAAGCACACAUACUCACCCCGUGUGAAAUUGUCCCCGCACCAACUGCUAGAAUUUGUUGCAAGUCAGCAGGCCACGUGCCGAGAUCAACUUGUUUUGGGUUGCAACAAGGUGCUGUCGGAGAUGCGACAAGGGGUGAACCACCUGAAACCCAUCUAGGAUUGGUGUG